UGCCUGCAGCUUCUCCAUCCUCCUGCACCGGGACACGGCGGCCGGGGAGAGGAGGGCGCAGGGACGCGGCGAUGGCUCCGUGGGGACUCCCGGGGUCCGCUGUGCUCUCUGCCGCCGUGUUCGUGGGAGGCACCGUGAGUUCGCCGCUGGUGGCCCCGGACAACACUGGCAGCCGCACAUUGCACUCCCGAGCAGAGACGACUCCAUCGUCACCCACCAACAGCGCUGGGAAUGGACACCCGGAAUAUAUCGCCUAUGUGCUUGUCCCUGUGUUCUUCAUCAUGGGUCUCCUUGGUGUCCUCAUCUGCCACUUGCUUAAGAAGAAAGGCUAUCGGUGUACGACAGAGGCCGAACAGGAGGUUGAAGAGGAAAAGGUGGAAAAGAUAGAGCUGAACGACAGUAUAAAUGAGAACAGUGACACCGUCGGGCAGAUUGUACACUACAUCAUGAAGAAUGAAGCGAAUGCAGAUAUUUUGAAGGCCAUGGUAGCGGACAACAGCAUUGGUGAUGUUGAAAGCCCUGUGACCCCUAGCACCCCAGGGAGCCCACCUGUGAGUCCUGGACCCUUGUCACCGGGGGGCACCCCGGGGAAGCAUGUCUGCGGCCACCACCUGCACACAGUGGGAGGUGUUGUUGAACAGGAUGUGUGCCAACGCUGUAGGCACAAGCGAUGGCACUUCAUAAGACCCACCAACAAGUCCAAAGAGAGCCGGCCACGGCGUCAGGGGGAGGUCACCGUCCUCUCUGUCGGCAGGUUUAGGGUUACCAAAGUGGAGCACAAGUCCAACCAGAAGGAGCGGAGAAGCUUGAUGUCUGUUGGCGGGACCGAGAGCAUCAACGGGGAUGUGCCUGUGACGCCUGUGAAGAGAGACCGGAGUGGCACAGAGUAGCCGCAGUGGCUUUCUUGAAGAGUUCUAAGAGACUCCAAACUUGCAAGAUAUGAAGUUGACUGGGGAAUAUUUUUUAUAUCUUUUAUACAGUUUCUAUCAUGAAGUCACUGGGCACGUGUGGCUCAAACCCAAAAGGGAGUAUUUUUUUUGCUAUGCUGAACACAGAAUUCAGUUUGGUUUGAAAGGAGUUUUGGGAUUAAAAGUGUGAUGAAAAUUUUAGUUCAGUUUCCCAGCAUGAAAGAGCUCAUGCUUUUUUGUACUUGUAGACUGUUCCUAGCCACCCACCAUGGUUCCCAGUUGCCCAGCUGUUCUGUACACAGGCAGCUCCAACCUUGGAAUUGCGGUCUUGUGAACAAUGGAACCGUUCACAGCCUGAGCUUAUGCUGGGGUGUUCACGUCUGUUACCAAAGCUGGAUUCCGUUUGGUAUUGUUAGAAGAUCUUCAUACACACAGUGGUUUGUGACAGAAGACUUCCUGGGAAAGCUUCUUGGAAACACCUAGUGAGUGCUCACAAAGUUGAUCCCCCCCCCCCCCCCAGGACAUCAUGGAAUCAGAUAGAAACCACAGGCGUUGGACCAAGAAUUCCGCACUGACCCCUGCUGCCAUCAGACUCCUCCCCUCCCUCUUGGGUCACUUAGAAAAUACAAAGACUAGUACUGUUUUUAUUUAACACAAUCUAAACAGUUUUCACUUGAGUCUAUUUGAGUAAAAGGGAAAAUGGUUUAAGCCACUCUAGAAAAAUCAUUCUGACAUCCAGAGGCCACAACAAAACACACCUUUCUUAAGCAAGCGAGCCCCCGCUGAGACCUUCCUCCCCUUCAGUUCAUAUUGUAACUGAUGCUCACUCAGUGAAGGCUUCCCAGGAAGACUGCAAGUUCAAGGCCUGCAAUGCAUGGGCUAUAGAGAGAGAGUUCAGGGAUAGGCUGGGCGACUGAACCAGACCCUGUCUCAGCAAAAAAGUUAAAGGAGGGCUGAGAUAUAGCUCAGUGGUAGAGCAUGCUCAGCCAUUUUAGUGGCUCCUAGCCCUGCUGGUCUCUCUCUCUCAGCUAGUAUUUGUGUCGGUGUGGGGUGGGGAUGUGGCAAGCUCUAUGCCCUGCUUCCCGUGGUGUGAUAGCAUUGAGUACUUCAUCUAUUUCAAAGAGAAAGGAUUUGUGUUUGUUUGGCACCACAAAAAAUAAAAGAACAAAGGAAAAGUUAAGUUUUUUUGUUUCGUUUUGUUUUAAAUAAACGUAUACCACAGGGUAUUUUCUGUAGAUGUACUUACUUGAUUCUGUUUCUGAAAACGGACUUUUUUUUUUUUUUUUUUUUCUAAGAUUCUUUGUGAGUGGUAGAUGCAGUUUGACGUGAUCUCACCCUGGUACUGGCGUAUGUCUACAAAGCAGAGAAGCCAGUGUGGAUGCCAGAUCCACUGUGGUCCAGGAAGUGGGGUGUGCGUUAGUGGGAAUUAUGUUUGUGCAGCUAAGCCAAUGUUUUGACUUAAACAAGCAAAAAGCAUACAUUUUGCAUUAACAAAAAAGUCCUUUAAAUGGUGAUGGGCUAAUAUAUAACAAAUUCUUUAGCUUUAAUUAUUUUUUAAUUUUACUCAAUCUAGAGAGCACUUUCUAUAGCAAUAAAGACAAGAAUAUACAAAUAUAUUUAAGGUUGUAUUUAUAUACCAAGAGUACAUUUUUUAAAACAUUUUUAAAUAUUUGAGCAGUUGGGUGACUCGCUUCCAGGGAUGCCAAAAAAUUCAGCGUUCGAUACUUUGAACACAUCUGCUUUUGUGCUGGUUUACACAGUUGCUCUUCCUUAGAACGACUGGGGAUCUGGGACAAGCUCACUGUCCACAACACUAAUGAUGGAUAGCCCGGUGUGAUCAGUUGCCACCUCGAUGUAAUAACAAAAACAAAACAAAACUGUAAAGGAAAAAAUUUCACUGUUCCCAGUGUCAAUGUAUUUUUUAACUGUCUGGUUUGUACUUUUUAUGAAUUUUGUACUACCGAAGCAGAGUUAAAAAAUAAAAGCGUUAAACCAGUGUGA